GGCGCUCCCGUACCGACAGUGCCCGGCCGGCCACCCGGCUGCGGAUCGAGCUGCCGCAGCGGGGGAGGGACAUAAAGAUGGCGGACGUGGUCAUGGGCAGAGACAAGUGCGGGGAGCAGCGCAUCGUGUCGCUGCCCCUGUCCCGCAUCCGGGUCAUCAUGAAGAGCUCCCCCGAGGUGUCCAGCAUCAACCAGGAGGCGCUCAUGCUCACGGCUAAGGCUACGGAGCUCUUUGUUCAGUAUCUAGCCACCUAUUCCUACAGACAUGGCCGUGGGAAAGAAGAGAGAGCACUCACUUACAAUGAUUUGUCAAAUACCGCAGAGGAAUCAGAAACUUUCCAGUUUCUUGCAGAUAUAUUACCAAAGAAGAUACUAGCUAGUAAAUACCUGAAAAUGCUUAAGGAGAAGAGGGAAGCCGACGAGGAGGAGGAGAAUGAGACCAGUGAUGAAAGUGAUGAUGAAGAUGCAGAGUCCUAACCUCAAAUGAAAGCUUUAAAAACUCAGCCUGGUGAGGACCAUCCUGGAUCAGCACCACGGUUGUUGUUUCUUCAUUGAUUUUUUAGAGAGAGAGGCAAGGAGCGGGGAGAGAAGGAGAGGGCGAGACGUGGGUUUGUCGUUGCACUCGUUCGCGCGUUCAUUGGCUGCUGCCCAUCUGUGCCCUGCCCGGACUGGCCCCUGCUUCUUAGCGCCCACAGCACCCACAGCGCUGUGCGGUUGAGCCUUCACUUUUUAGACUCUGAACACACUGUCCUCUUUCCCGGCUGGGACAGAGCGUCUCCUGCACCUGCACCCACACGGCAGGCCAAAGGAAAGUGGUCAGGCCGUGCUGUGGUUGGAGGGCACCCAGGAGGAGCCGCCUGCACCAUCGGCCAUGCAGCCCACGUGCAGCUGCGCACUGUAGCGGCAGGGACCGCUGGGCUCAGCUUCUCACUCGGGCAGAUUUUGAACAGCUUCUGAAUGUCAGUUAUGUGAAAACAAGUAGGUCCAGUUUUAGCUAAAAAUGUAGUGUGUGUUGUAUUUUGUUACUUUGUAUGUAGUGUCUUACACUUAAAAUUUUGUAUUUCAAGAAAAUUUACUAGGAUAUUUGUCCAAAUACUGCAUUUUUAACUGUAAAGACAUUCUCAUUAAAACUUGUGCAGUGAA